UUAUUUUAUCGAACGUCGAGUUAACCUUCUUAGAACUUGUGGCCGAGUUUGCUUUCGUCCGUAAAAUUUAUUUGUGAACAAUAGUCUUGUCAUCAUGCUUCGUCAGACAAGCAACUUGGUCACGUUGGCUGCAGGAGCAGUCCAACAACAACAGCAACAACGUGGUAUGGCAACAUUAAAAUCAAUUUCAAUUCGUUUGAAAUCAGUAAAGAACAUCCAAAAAAUUACCCAAUCUAUGAAGAUGGUGUCAGCAGCAAAAUAUAAUCAUGCUGAACGUGAUUUAAAACAAGCAAGACCUCUAGGUCAGGGAACUAAAAUUUUUUACGAACAAGCUGAAAUCCAAGCACCGGAAAAUGAACCUAAACAAUUGGUAAUUGCUGUUACAAGUGAUCGAGGUUUAUGUGGUGCUGUACACAGCGGUGUGUCACGUAAUAUUCGUGAUAAAUUAUUAGCUGAUCAAAAUCUUCGUGAAAAUACUAAAAUAAUAUGCAUUGGUGAUAAAUCACGAGCUAUUUUAUCACGAUUGUUUGCUAAAAAUAUUCUUUUUGUUGCAUCUGAAGUUGGCCGUAAGCCUCCAACUUUCACUGAUGCUUCCAAAGUUGCUGCUAUGAUUUUAAGUUCAGAAUACACUUUUGGAUCUGGACGCAUAGUUUACAACAGAUUUAGGUCAGUUGUUUCAUAUGUAGUUGACCAAUUGCCACUAUUCGAUAAAUCUGCUGUAAUAAGUGCACCUAAGCUAUCAGUUUAUGAUUCUCUUGAUGAGGAUGUAAUCCAGAGUUAUUUGGAAUUUUCACUUGCCUCAUUGCUAUUUUAUUCAAUGAAAGAAGGUGCAUGCAGUGAACAGUCAAGCAGAAUGACUGCUAUGGAUAAUGCUAGUAAGAAUGCUGGUGAAAUGAUUGAUAAACUCACUUUAACAUUCAAUCGUACUCGUCAAGCUGUUAUUACCAGAGAGCUUAUUGAAAUUAUUUCUGGAGCUGCUGCUUUGGAUUAAACAUCUUGUUAUUUGGACACUAAUUUUUAUAGUCUGCGAAGUUGGCAAGUGAUUAUUAUUCACUAUUAAUAUUCGUAAAAAUUAUAAAAUUGAAACGAAAAAUGAAAAACAAACCAAUAGAAAUAAAUUAUCUUGUUUCUUCA